AUGGAACAACUGUGUAAGAGGUACGUGCAUACACCGGCGGCUUUUAUACAAAACAUUGUUGCUAACACUAAAAGAACAACGCUAGCCACGCAAUUAUCUGUUGAAAAAGCUAAAAAAAAAGUUCCCAAGACAGCUCUUAAAAAGAAACUUAAUAGUAGGCCAAAAGAAAGGCUUCCGAAUUGGCUAAAACUAAACGAUGUUUUUAACAUACAUUACGAAAAGCCAUCUAACUCUGAUAUAAAUAAGGUUAACAGAUUCUUCAACAAGGCUAAAGUGGAAUUUGAAUGGUGUGCAGCUAGUUUUGAUGACAUACCAGAAAAUCCCUUCCUGAAUAAGAAAUCUCAUAAGGACAUAUUGAAAGAUCAUGGGGAAUGUGGAACUACAUUGAUUGAUACUUUGCCAGAAGUCAUCUUUCUCGGAGGAACUAAUGUGGGGAAGUCCUCUAUCUUGAACAACAUAACCACCUCGCAUGUAAGCAGAGAUUUAGGAAGUUUGGCAAGAGUGUCUAAAACAACAGGAUUCACAAAAACUCUCAACUGUUAUAAUGUGGGAAAUAGACUCAGAAUGAUCGAUUCGCCUGGUUAUGGCUUUAAUAGUAGUAAAGAGCAAGGAAAAGUCACUUUGCAGUACCUCCUGGAGAGGAAACAACUUGUCAGAUGCUUUCUCUUACUCGCUGGAGAUAAGGAGAUAAAUAACACAGAUAAUAUGAUCAUUCAAUACAUUCAUGAACACGGAGUUCCUUUUGAAGUUGUUUUUACGAAAAUGGACAAGGUUAAAGAUUUAAAUAAGUUUAAGAAGAAGGUUAUGAGUUCAGGGUUAAUGGACUUACCAACUCUACCCAGACUUGUAUUGACUAACUCGCUUACGUCCAGUACAUCUCCUAAACGGUUCGGUAUAGAUCUUCUAAGAUAUGUAAUAUUUCAAAGCUGUGGUUUGAUUUUAUGA